AUGGCCGAAGUCGGGGAGGACAGCAGCGGGGCGCGGGCUCUGCUGGCGCUGCGUUCGGCGCCCUGCAGCCCCGCCGCCGCGCCCCCUCCCGGGCCGCCGCCCCCGGCCGCGCCGCCCGCCGCCGCCGGCCCGGUGCUGGCGCGGCUGCAGGGCCGCGAGUUCGAGUUCCUCAUGCGGCAGCCGGCCGUCACCAUAGGCCGCAACUCCUCGCAGGGCUCGGUGGACGUCAACAUGGGGCACUCCAGCUUCAUCUCCCGGCGGCACCUGCAGCUCAGCUUCCAGGAGCCGCACUUCUACUUGCGCUGCCUCGGCAAGAACGGCGUCUUCGUGGACGGCGCCUUCCAGCGCCGCGGCGGCCCGGCCCUACAGCUCCCGCCGCAAUGUACUUUCCGAUUCCCUAGCACGGUUAUAAAGAUCCAGUUCACAUCUUUAUACCAUAAAGAGGAAGCAAAAGAGGAAGCCUCAUCGCCUCCCCUUCGGCCACUUUACCCUCAAAUAUCGCCUCUGAAGAUCCACAUCCCGGAGCCGGAUCUCCGGAGCGUGGUCAGUCCCCUCCCGUCCCCCACAGGCACUAUCAGUGUUCCCAACUCUUGCCCGGCCAGUCCGCGUGGUGCUGGAUCCUCAGGAUAUCGUUUUGUUCACAAUAUUACCUCGGAUCUGCAGCUGGCAGCAGAGUAUGCUGCAAAAGCAGCAUCAGAACAGCAGGCAGAUGCAUCUGGCGGGGACAGCCCAAAGGAUGAGUCCAAGCCACCCUAUUCUUAUGCUCAGCUAAUUGUGCAGGCUAUAUCUUCAGCACAGGACAGGCAAUUAACACUAAGUGGGAUCUAUGCCCACAUUACCAAGCAUUAUCCAUAUUACAGGACUGCUGACAAAGGCUGGCAGAAUUCCAUUCGGCACAACCUCUCCUUGAACCGUUACUUUAUUAAAGUCCCACGCUCCCAGGAGGAGCCUGGAAAGGGCUCCUUUUGGCGGAUUGACCCUGCCUCUGAAGCCAAACUAGUAGAGCAAGCAUUUAGAAAACGAAGGCAAAGAGGAGUGUCCUGCUUCCGAACACCUUUUGGGCCUCUCUCCUCCAGGAGUGCUCCUGCCUCCCCUACUCACCCUGGCCUGCUGUCCCCUCACUCUAGUGGCCUACAGACUCCAGAGUGCCUGUCACGGGAGGGCUCACCCAUUCCGCACGAUCACGACUUUGGGUCAAAGUUAGCCUCAGUUCCGGAGUAUCGGUAUUCACAGAGUGCACCUGGAUCUCCAGUCAGUGCCCAGCCAGUGAUUAUGGCUGUUCCUCCCCGACCAUCUACUCUGGUGGCAAAACCAGUCGCGUACAUGCCAGCAUCAAUAGUGACUUCUCAACAGCCUUCAUGUCAUGCAAUUCACGUAGUUCAACAAGCUCCGACUGUUACAAUGGUCCGAGUUGUGACCUCCUCUGCAAACUCUGCAAACGGAUACAUCCUCACAAAUCAGGGCACAGCAGGAGGAGCUCAUGAAGCUGCAGGAGCAGUGUUGGAUUUAGCUGGUGACCACAGAGCAGGCAUGGAUGAAAAGCCAACGAUCGCAUUUGCCACGAUACCUACAGCCAGCCGUGUUAUUCAGACAGUCGCCAGUCAAAUGGCACAGGGUGUUCCAGGACAGACGGUCACGAUCCUUCAGCAGGCAGCUCCAGUGACCAUUGGGCAGCAUCAGCUUCCUGUGCGCGCAGUCACUCAGAACGGGAAACAUGCUGUGCCCACCAACAGCAUCACUGGCAGCGCUUAUGCUCUUACAAAUCCAUUGCAGCUUCUUGCAGCCCAGGCCAGCUCAUCCACUCCUGUUGUAGUCAGCCGGGUAUGUGAGACGGGGACCGAAGAGACAGCAGCAACCUCUUCCAGUGAACCUGAAGUCAAAAGACCCCGGAUAGAAGAGGCCAGUGGAGCGGUUCCAGCCCAAACUGGAGUCAUCACGUCUACGAUGCCACAAGGACAGGCAACCAGUGAAUGAAGAACCAGUGGGAGGAGCUGGAGUGAUGUGGGGUGGGCAUGGGAUGGCAGGAGCCCUAAAGCAGCUUUCAAAGAAAACAAACCACAACUGUAACAGCUCAAAACAUAGCGGAUAAAGAGCUCUCUUUUAAGUCAGAUUUUUAAAUGGGAGAUCAACAGCUGAUAGAAUCACAAGGUGCCAAAAAGAAUGGAAAACCCCUCCCAAGAACCCAUACCUGGAACUCUGUUCUGUCUUUACCUAUGGGAUAUUUUUUCCUUUUUUUUUUUUUAAAAAUAUUCAAAAAAAUACAGACAACUGAUUGUAUGACUGCUGGGAUAUUUUUAACUGUCUCUUCCCCUUUUGGCUCCAAGGGGAUGGGAUUUGCAGUUCAGCAUCUAAAGGAAUGUAACACAAAUACAGUCUGCUCCCUGGAAAGAAAACUCCUCAUUUUCUAUGCCUUAAUACUGUGCUUCUCAGAGCUUUGAACCAUAGGACCGUUUUUAAAAGGCCUCCUAAGGCAAUCAAAUGCUGAAAGAUGGGUGCAGUAUCUCAUAACAACAGCAUUAAAGAAACAUGGUACCAAGCUUAAAGAAAAAGGCAAAUGAUUUUGUUUUUUAAAAUAGAAAAAUUCUGAAUAUGAACGAAUGUUUAUUUAUGUGGGGAUUCAGGAGGAAGAGUUACAGGACUCAACCACCUGGAUUUCCAGAUGCAAUUUCUCUCCAUUCCCUCUGAGGGAGGAUAAGAUAACAGAGGAACGGUAUUAAUUUGGUUCCUGUAAAGAUAUUAAAAACAAAGGGUUUUGUACCUUCAGUGAUUUCUUACAAUUAUUCAUCGCUUGCUCUGGACAACAGCCAAAGUAUCUUGAUGACUGAGGAUCACAUGGGGAAGGGUGUCUCCAAAAGGUUCUGUGUGCAUUUGAUUGAUCACAUCCUGUGCUGGAGCACCAGGUUUUGUUCAAAAUAGCACCGUAGGUGAAGAUACUGCCACUGUCUCUGUGAACUUGAGAAAAAUACUCGUUGGUGUUCUGCACUAAAGCAGUCUGCCUUCACCUCCGGUUGGUAGUGUGGCCCUCAACUAGAUGGACAAUGGUCAGGAGGCCAGGGCUGGGUCUGUCACUGACCCUCGGCCAUGGCUGACAGCAAAGCUGCUGUGUUAUUCUUCUGAGGGGAGCUGAGAGCUGGGGUGAGAGGCAGCAGAGUUCAUACAGUGUUUAAUACAAAUUCUGUGAGGGUGUAGAGACCAAGGCAAAAGAGACCUUUUAUUUUCUAUGUGGCAAAAGUCACUGGAGGUCUUAAAACAGGUUUUCCAAAAGGAAUUUGGAGGUUUCCUUCCAUUGCCUGGCUCCCUCUCCCAUCUCUCCUCCCUUGAGGACCAUUUGGGCUGCCCAGUAGGAAGAGGCCUCUAUUCAGACUGUAUUCCAGGCUCUUCGUGUACUCCAAGUACGAGUAACGCAGGUUUGAGUCACUUCAGCCACGCGGAGCAGUUGGGGGGCGGGGGGGGUGUGACACCUUGUGACUAGCAAAGAAAUCAUCCUCUGCGUAGCCUCCAGCUAACCCCUUUGGUUUUAUGCCUGUUUGCAAUCCCCUUGGCUAACAUGUCUUCUGGCAGCACAGCAGACAUCUUUUAAUUUAGGAAAUGUUAUGGUUUUUGUAAUGGCAAAAGAGACUUAAGAGGGCUGGGAUAUGCCUGUGGUAGUUAUCCCUGUCUGUACUGAUUUAUUGUCAGGUUGCCGUCUUGUACGGUCUGACGGGGCUAUCGCGGAACAGAGAGGCAAACCCACUGCAUAAACAUGUUGGAAAAAGAUUUCCCCACUGUGCAGUAAAUGAUACUGUCAGUAUGUCCGUGGGGAUUAAGGGGUAAAGCACAACCGUUCAAUGUCUGCUGGAAUUUGGGGAGGGGGAGGAAAUCAGCAAGGUAACAGCUGGCAUCACUUGUUCCCUUCUAGCUUUCCUUUCUCUUUGCCAAAUCCUAUUCAAUAGCCAAGUCCCGCCGCUUGAAUAAAACCCAGCCGUGUUUUAUUCUCCAGCCGAUUGUUUUGUGAGAAAUAUUUCUGAAAGAAGGAAAGAAUUUCUUGGUCUCGUGAUUUGCGGUUGGGCUCUGCAGUUAGAGGCACACAGACUAUUCAGGACAGUUCAUUUAUCUACAGCUAGGCUUUCUUAAUUUAGGGGUGUCCCUUUGGUGACAAGUUAUUAGAUUGGAUUUUUAGUACUUUGAAAUGAUUUUGAGAAGGAGGAUUGUUACAGACCACAAAGUAAUUGAAGCAGGCCGACCUCCAGCUGUCACUUUUCCCGCUAGGUGCGGCAUAGCGGAAAAGCGCUCGGAUUAGCUCUGUUUUCUGUAGCCUUUUCAAAGCCAGAAUUCAAUAAAAUGGACUUCAAGGAAGAACGCACAAGUGAGAGUGCAGCUAGUUUAUCUGUUAGUCAUUACUUUCGGGUGACUGCUGGUUCAGAUACAGGCACGCCUCUGAAAGCCCUGAGGCCACGGAGCUUUCUGAAGCAGAGGACUCUUUAGGUUUCCAGGACGUUGGGUGAGUCAGCGUAAGAUGAGCAACCAACAAGAAUACUGUUCAGGGUGCGAAGCUGCCAAAGUUUUGUGGGUUUUUCUUUACUGCUGCUUUUCUCUUGGAAAGUCUAAAUAAUCAGGCCCUAAACUUCUGUAAAGGAGUCCAGCACUAUAGAAAUACAUCAGCUGAAUGACUGUUUUCACACACCAGUUGCUGCUUUAUAGAUACCUCUUGAAAGUGCAUCCUCAGGUUGUGUGCAUAGAUCUGCCUCUUCACUAUUUAGAACAGAGUAACACUUUCCCACUCUUCCUUUUGUGGCACACGAUGCCUGCUGGUUAAAAUGUGAGUUGAGGAUAAGCAAAUAUCUUUGACGUGUUCACCCCUUCUGCUUGAGGUGUCUGGGACUUGUCAGUUCAUCCUAUCGGGAUUUUUGCUUUAUCAGUCUGCUGCAUCCCCUGUUACUGUAGGAAGCAGCACUUGAAUUUUUUACUUUUUUUUUUUUUUAGGUUUGCCUGUAUCAUUGGCUGAUACGAGGUAAAAUAAUGGUUCUUACUCAAUCCUGUUGAGAGCGCUCUGCAAAAAUGUGGUCUUCAUCUGGAACACAUGAGAUCGGGGACAUCUUGUUUCAGGCCUCCAGAUCAAAUCUUUCAACACGCUGCUCAGUCUGGGAGACAGCACCGCUCUUUUUCCAUCAGUCCUGAUUCCCCAGGCUUGCAGUUUUGAGAACUGCAGAGGAAUGAAAAUUAAUGUGAUGGUAGAAUUAAGCCUUCAACUAGAAAGAAAAUAUUACCUUAACGGUUAUAUGCAGAACUCAGAUUAUUUUUAAAUUGAUCACCUAGCUUGUUCUUAUUGUCCAGAAAGUUGCAUCUCAUGUCCUUAAUUAGUUAUAUUAACUGAGGGAGGUUUGAGGGGGAGAGGAGUAGGAUGCUUCAUUGCCUCUUCUGCUGUCUGUAUAACAGAGGUCAAGGCAUGUUGAAUAUUUAACCUGCUAUAACUUAGACCUGGGAAAACUUUAAGCUCUUAAUGUGUGAAUUCACUUUUCACCAUUCCCUAUUGAUUUAUUUUUUUUAUCUUAGGCAAUGACAGAGGCUAAUUUUACUUUGAUCGCAGUCAGUUUAUAGCAACUUUUGUUGCCUCGGUUUGCAAAAGCUGAAUGCAGUUGUUCUUGGGUUUAUUCCGCUGGAAUUCUUUAGUUAUUGUUUUGGCUUGACCUUGGCUCUUGUGAAACAGGAAGCUUUUUACAGUGAGAUCAAUUUCAUCUGAUUUAGUGAUAACACAACACAGUGCUGAGCACGGAAUUGAAGUUCAUGAUUAGUUCAUGUAUUCUUUUCAACUCCUUUUUCUUCCCGUAUCCCUCCCCCGUACCAUGACGGCUGUCCCCUGUAGCAUAUCCAGCCAUUUUUAUCCACUGAUGGAAGCGGCACCUUGCACUAAGCUCUGCCCAGGGACUCAAGGAUGAAAAUACCUGUGGGAUACAUGAGGCUCCAGAGCAGGUUGAGAAAGGCCCAUUUGGUCACCCUGUAUUUCAUUUUCAUGCUGUGUUUUAGACAUGCUACUGUUGGCCACAGUUUGUUCAGGAGUGUGUUUUCAGAGACGUAUUAAAGCUUUGUAAGAGGAAAGAAAUAGUUAAAUAACAGCUGAAGCCUUUACAGUGCCUCUGCAAUCAAUGCCAUGGUCUGGCUUCAGGUUUUAGCGGGGAGUAAACUUGGUUUUGCGUGUUUUAGACAUCUGUCUUGUGUACUGACUUAGAACUGUCAUUCAGAAUUAACUUCCACAUUUUUCCCCUUUUUCAGUAGGGGAAUGCCAGCAGUAAAAUAAAACUUGAAGCACAGAAGGCUAGGGACCUAUAUCUAAGCAAGUGAGAGCAUCUGACCUGAGCUUUCAUACAAUGUGGUGUGGACGCUUUUCACUGUCUGCUGGGGAUGUUAAAUUGAUGUUAGAGCUUUUCAUCUGUGUUAGCAAAGGGGUUUUCCAGUGAGAUAUUUGGUAUAGCUCUGAUGUGUGCUAGCAUGUAAACAGAUGUGAAAAUGUAGGGUGAAAGGAGGAACGUUCCCCUGCUAUACCUAGAUUUGGGGAUCUUGGAUGACCAGGAUUUAAUCUAGCAAUAGUUCUAUACAGUUCUGUACUUUCCCACAGAGGAUCAAAAGCCGUUUCUUCAAGCUUACUGCAUCCAAGGAUUAAGUUCCAGCUGGUUGGUUGUUCCUUCUUUGUUUCUGAAGUUUAAACUAUGACUUACAAAUUAUAGUUUAUCACUAUGAUAAACAUAAAUCACAUAAAACUGCAGUACUAGGAAAGAUCAAGUCUUUAUUUGUUGUCUUUGCCACUGGCCAGCUGUAGCUGUUUAGAACAACUUGGGUUGGAAGAAACCUUUGGAAGUCUCUGCUGUAACCUUCUGCUGAGAGCAGAUCCAGCUAGGCCACAUUGUUGUGACCUUGUCCAGAUGAGCUUUGAAUGUCUCACGAGAUAGAGGUUCCAUGACUCUGGUCCCUGGUCCAUUCUGACCACCCCUGAGGUGAAAACACUUUCACAGCUAUCUAAGGAGCAUUUCUCAUGCAGCUGCAUGUGCUCAUUGCCUCUUGUCCUGUCACAUCACAUCUCCAAGAAGAGCCUAGCUCUGCCUUCUCUGUAUCUUCCAAAUAGGUAGUUGAAGACACCAGUAAGAUUUUCACCAUUUUGCUUCGUUUUCUUAAGGCUGAACCAACCUGUUUGUCUUGGUCUCCUCUUGUAUAUCACGUGCUCAAGCUCCCAGGGCUUCAGGUGGAAUUGCUGCAGAAGGUCCCUCACCGUCUUGUGCUGGGGAGCCCAAAAUUGAACACAACAUACUGCAGAUACGAUCUGACAAAUGCUGGAUGGAGUGGGAGAAGAAUCACUUUCCUUGGCCUGCUGGCUACACUUGGCAAGCACAGCCCAGUACCUCUCUGGUCUCUUUUACUGCAAGAAGCGCUACUGGCUCGUCUGGAGUAUAGUGUGAGAACCUGGAGCAAAGUUCUGGUUCACUAGCAAAGUGAACUAGAAAUACUCUGGAUUGCAUUCGUACGUAUGCAGCCAUCUUGUCCCCCUCUCCCAAGGAAGAGCGCCAGAUUGGGUCUUGUAGCUUUUUGAACAGGAGACAGGGCUGAAUGAUCCUCAUUACUUUUAAAAAUAGCUGUGCUUUACCUUAUCAAAUGAUAGUUUCAAUCCAAAGUGGAAUUUACCUUGAAUUUCUACGUCGAUACAAAAAUCUUUCAGGUUUUUUAGUCCUGCUGCUAUUAAGUUGGACUUGGGCAUUAGGAGUCAGCCUCCAAAGGAACAUGACUAGCUUCAUAAUUUUGCCCUUGCUGCACUCUGAGCUUUUGAGUUUGCAAAUGCCAUCCUGCAGCAAAUGAUCCGUCUUCCCUUGCCAGCCGGUCUCUGGGGCAGCUCCUGUUUCUGCUCCCCAUCACGGAUUUUCCCCUCUGUAGCCGUUUCUGUCAAUUCCAGAGCCCUUUAAUCCAGCUCCUAAUUUAAUGCCAUUGCUCGAAGGUCUGCAUCUGGUGAGAAUCAGUCUGUUAGCUUGCAGUUAUACAACAGAUUGUUCAGUCGUGGAACUUUUUGUUUCCUUCUGGGUGAAAAAUUAUGCCAAAGCUGCUACUACUAUAGCAUACACUACUGUUGUGAAGUGUAGCUUACAAUGGAGCCAGCUGUGCUGCAGAAAACAGUGACACUACAAGGUCAUCCGGAUUGCUGGAACCGGUGGGAUUGGGAAGUGGUGCCUUCUUGCAUUUUGAUCCGGACCCGAUCAAAACGUGGCUGUGGCUUCGUGCUGGAGCGCUCCCCUCUCUGCGGCUGCGAUUAGUCAGAUCAGCGUCUCUCUCUCUGCUGGGUGGGUUAUUUGCAGGACAGUGCACGUGUUUGUGCACGCAGCGGUGGGUAUAUGCGUGUAAAACAAUCGGUGGGAAACACCUAGCUGCGAUGGUGGGCUUUCUCCGUUGGGCUGUCUUUCCCAGGGCAGUAACGCAGCAGCGAGCGUUUUGCUUUGGACUGAGCAAGACGUUUCGAAAAAUACUUGGUUUUCCUGGAGCACUAUAUUUAAAUUCCAAAUUUUUAAUCGACUUUUAACCUUUGUAUUUAUAUGUUCGGAAAACUCUUUUGAUACCUUUUUCAAUUUACCAACACUGAAUUAAAACCCUUCAGAAUGUAUGGCUGGUCCUCUCCUUACGUGUCACUUUAAGGUUCGGAGCCUGAGGGUAGUUGUGCCAAAUCUACCCCUUGGCUCUCAAGGUGGAAGAAACCAUUGACAAUUCAUGGGUGGCAGCUAAGGAAGAAACCCUUUAAAUAUUUUUUUUUUUUCCAGAGAAUAUUAAAUUAGAUCUGUGUAAACAUAAAAUUUAUAUUUAUUAAUGUGUGUGUGAGUGAGUGUGUGUGUAAAUAUAGAUAUAUAAAUGGUCCAUGACUAUUUCUUUCUCUUAAAUGGUACUUUACACAGACUUUUAUACAGCAAGUUGGUAAAUUCCCUCACCGGGCACUGAUUCUGAAAGACCGAUGUACCUAUUUUUGUAACGAAUGUGGGCAGCCGGUAGAAGCAGCUUUACUUCAGUGAUUGCUUUCAUUCCUCUCGCAGAGCAGAAGAGACGACUUGGUACUUGCAUCUUCCUUGCGUAGGAGCCCUGCUUCUGCCUUUGUCACGCUUUCAGCGACCCCGGCCCGUGCUGCUUUUCUGGCAAGAAAAUCCCCCAGGUGGCACUAAUGAAAGCUGGAAUCCUUUCUCGCCUCAGAUUAUCUCUGGAUGCGGUAUCAGGGAGUACUUUAGAGAUGCUGCUCUGUAAGUCAUGGGACCUCAUUCUAUAACAGAGGAGGCUAAUGGAGGGUCCGUGAGGAUGCUGUAAGGUUGAGAAAUUCCUGGCUGGCCGUCAGGUGGCUGAGCUAACACUGGGGCACCGUGAAGUAGUUUCUUUUCCUCUGUGGUGAGGUUAUUCUCCUUUUAUGAUGCUUCUGUCUCUUCAUGGGGUGCGAGGUGUGUAUAUCCCCUUGAAAACAAAUGCGUAAGUGUUUUUCUAAUGCUCCCAUUCACAGGGAGUAAAUUUUACCUGACGGGCCAAAUUUCAGCGGUGGUUUAAGUCCACAAGGAUCACUAAAUCCACAGAAGCCUGUGUUUUGAGCUACUUGGGCCUUUUGCGAGUUAAUCUUAAAAGCAGGUGAUACUUGGCUUCCUAAUCCUAAUUGCUCUUCCAGAAGUAGAAAUGCCUUUCUCCGUAAGGACCCGAGUGAACCCUUCACCGUGGUUUCUGCUUACUGUCCGGUGGUCGGGCUUUGAUGCUUAAGGGAGGACAAGAUUGGUGGUAAGAAGAAUAACCAGAGCAGGAGCGGUGAAAGGAAACAGCUUUCCUCCUCAGCAGAAAACAGCCCUUGUGAAAACCAGGCUUCCCCUAGCAUUUGGUUACUGCUUUGUGUCCGCUGCUGAGUUAAGCAAUGCAUCCGAUAGCCCAGGCUGUGGCAUUUCUGCCGUGAUCUAGACCUUCCAGUCCUGCUUCUACCCCACCUCAGUUUCACUUCAAGCAGUCCGAAAUGGAGCCUUACUUAAAGCGAAGGGCGACAUUGAGGAGAAAUGUCUGUUAGCUGAAGAAAAAUGAGACUUAAAUGGAGCAGAAAAAGUGAAAUUUCCUUCUGUGUCACUGCCUUGCUGCUAAAAGUCUGGUGCAGAACAUCCUGAUGUUCUGCUGAUUGCUGUGCCGCUCUUCGGGGGUGGACAGGCUGCUAAGUAGGCAAGUUGGCUCCGUAGCAAAGGAAUUGCUGUAAACCUAAACUCGCUUUAGCUUUUUCUUUUUUUUUUCUCCCCCAAAUGGGCUUGAAGUGGAGGGAGGGAACCAGAGUAUUGUUGUUUGCAAGAUCUUAUUGUCUUGAAUGGAAAAGAAAACAGAGAAUGUAAAAAAAAAAAAAAAAAAAAAAAAAAAAAAAAAAAAAAAAAAAAAUCUCAUUCAAAUAUAGUGAUAUGGAGAACAGAAUGGCGUGAAAAUACAAAAAUCUUAUGAGACCGUAUAUUGUCUUGGGUUCUGGACGUGCCGUUGGUACCGUGGUGAGACUGGCCUUGUCGAGGCUGGCGGCCAACCUCCGCGGAGCCUAAAAGAGCGUGUAGGAUUCUGUAGCUACCCAAAGGGCUGUUAAAAGCUGGUUUAGAGAUAAAUCAAAAGGUGUAUGUGAGCAAUGAAAAGCUGGAAAUUCAAAUCCAAUGCCGAAUAUUUGCUUUAAAAAAAAAAAAAAAAAAAGACUCUGUAUCUCCCCCUGUUCCGCAUAUAUGCGUUCCCACGGCAUCCUUGGGGGAAGGCUGCAGUGAGACGAGGACCUGAAAUACCUCAAUGGCUUGACAGAAGUGUUUUGCUACAGAGACCUGGAGGAGCCUUACCCCUUUCACCUGGAUUUGGCACUUAAUUUAAAGAUGGGGAUGGAGGGGGGAACUAAAGCCAUGCUUGCAUUUCAGUUCCUGGUGUUGCCUGUACAAGACACCUCCAGCCAGAUGUUCUGGGUUUCGUGGUUGGUUGUUGGGUUUUGUUUUUUUGUUUUUGUUUUUGUUUUUUUUUUUACAGCUGAUAUCAAAAGUAUUUUUUGUGACUCGUUUUCAUUAUCAGUGCUUUUUAAAAAGCAGGUGUGUAUCCCAGUGGGGAAAGCUCCAUCUGGGACGAGGGAUGUGAAGUUCAUCACCUUUACCUGGCCGUGUUGCAGCCCCGCUCCUGCUGGAUGCUUCGCUGCACAGGCAGCCCGGGAAUCCCACGAGGGCUGGGAGCGUGUCCUGGUCCCGCGGGGGAGGCGGCUGCCCACCAGGGGAGACGGCAAAAUAUGAGCAUUCGAGGAGCAGGACCUGCAUUUCCACAUCAAAUGGGAUACAGUGGGUUUGUUUGUUUUUUAAUACGGAGCCAUACUUUUUUUUUUUUUAAGUAAUUUGAGAUCUGAAUGUGAUUUCUAAUGUAUCAAGAACGUUAAUAUUUUAAAGCUAUAACAAAGUUUUAAAUUUCUACUAUUUUUUUUUUUCAUUUAUUUUAACUGUUCUGUUCUGUUACCUUAAUUUGAUGUAUGUGGUUGGGGAAUGUUGCUUCUCCUCUUAGCAUUUGUUUCUAUAACCAGAAAUAAAAUUAUAUAUGAAAGAGAAAAUUCCCUGAAAUCGCUUGCUGCUUUUGAGUGACAGACUUGUGUUCUUCGGUGUAGUAUCGUAGGGGGGUUAAUAUUCCUGCAGCAGUUUGUGUUGUACAGCCUACCCCUCCUUAGAAUGUGAGGGGACAGGGUGGUUUAGUAUUUUUUCCCUUUUUAUUAUUUUCUUUAAAUGCUGUAGGAGGGAAAUAUAUAUCUGGACACCUUGCGCUGUUUGUUUUAGAGUUCGCAGAUAUCCCACUUUGGAUCCCUUCUCAGUUCUUCGGGCAGCUGUUAACUCGCACCAGAGUGAACAUAUGUGCAUGUGUAUGUUUGAGAGGCGUAACGCUUCCCCUGGGCUCUAUAAACUCUUCCUCCAGCCCUAGCUUUCAUUUUGUCAUGAAGAGAAACAUUGUUAUUUUGAAAGAUAAACUAUUUCAGGGUAUUUCCCCGUAAUUUAUAAUAAUUGUUUCAUUUAAGCAUAUGAGGUCAGAAAAGAGUUCUUUAUCCACCUGCCCUAUAGUGCAGGUUUUUCCUCCCUUGUCCUCCUAA